GUUUUCAGUAAUAUUCUUCAGCUGCUGUUGCUGUUAUCUUUAUUUUCUGGCCACAGCCCACAAGCAUAGAUUCUCUCUAUGUGCGAGUCCUCUGUCCUUGCUGUGUGCCUUAGAAAUGGAUGAAUGUGCUUUACACUGCUUGGAUUCUCUUUGCCCAUAAAAGGUGGGAGUGCUGAGAACAGUUUGUCACAGCAAGAUGAGCUAUGGACAUUAUCAUAUGGGCUCUGGUAGUAGAACUGGUCGGAGAAGUUUGGAGUUUGGGAAGACACAUGUGGUGAGGCCAAAAGGAAAACACCAAGCCACUAUAGUUUGGCUGCAUGGUCUUGGUGACAAUGGUUUAAGCUCAUAUCAGUUGCUGGAAUCUCUUCCACUUCCAAAUAUAAAAUGGAUUUGCCCAACUGCUCCUACUCGCCCUGUAACAAUACUUGGUGGAUUUUCCUGCACUGCAUGGUUUGACAUGGGAGAACUUUCAGAAGACGGUCCAGAUGAUUGGGAGAGUUUAGAUGCCUCAGCAGCACACAUUGCCAACUUGUUAUUAACAGAGCCAGCUGAUGUGAAAGUUGGAAUUGGAGGCUUCAGUAUGGGUGCUGCAGUAGCUCAAUACUCUGCAACUUGUUUUGCCAUGGGAAGGUAUGGAAAUGGCAUCCCGUAUCCAGUGAACUUAAGAGCAGUUGUUGGACUAAGUGGCUGGCUUCCAGGAUCAAUGAGCUUAAGGAACAAAAUCGAAGUGUCACAUGAAGCUAGAAGGAGAGCUGCUUCAUUACCUCUUUUGCUGGGCCAUGGAAUCUGUGAUGAUGUAGUCCUCUACAAAUACGGAGAGAAAUCAGCUCAAUCCUUAAGUUCAGCAGGCUUCCGAUACAUUACAUUCAAAUCCUAUGAUGGGCUUGGUCACUAUACUGUUCCAAGGGAGAUGGAUGAAGUCUCCAAUUGGCUUAACUCAAGGCUGGGGCUUGGGGGAUCAUCAUGAACAACAUAACAUGGUUUUCCAGUAUAUAUAAUAUGGUAUUGGUAUAGGAGGAAUAGUCUUCUGCGUUCCUUUAGUUAUGUUGCUGAGAAAUAAAGAUCUGAAUGUGUUUACCAAGCAGUAAUCUCCCUUUCACAUUAUCAUAGUACCUAGAGAAAGGGUCAGUUGUACUGUUGGAAAGAUUUUGUUUCAAUUAUUGUAAUAUAGGGUACUUAGUUGUGUUAUUUAUAUAUUUCAGAGUGUUUUUUUGUUCCUUUUGGUGGGGUGAGGGUUAGUGUAAAAUGCUUGCAUGGACUUUUGGAGCUAUAAAAUCCUGUAAACUACUUAGUAUGA